UUUUUUUUUUUUUUUCUUUCUCGUGAAAUUUGAAUAAAUUUCGUCUUAUUCUUCUUAUUCUUUUUAUUAAACAUGUCUUCAACAAGACCAAAAGUAUAUAAUUUUGGAGCGGGACCAUCAGCUUUGCCAUUAAGUGUUUUGGAAAAAGUGCAAAGAGAAUUUUUAAAUUAUGAAAACACUGGAAUGUCAGUCAUGGAAAUUUCUCAUCGUAGUAAAACAUUUGAAAAUCUUUUAAAUAAAACUAAACAUGAUUUUAAAACUUUAUUACAAGUACCUGAUAAUUACGAAAUUUUAUUUAUGCAAGGUGGGGGGUGUACCCAAUUUUCAGCAGUAAUUUAUAAUUUAUUAGCAGCUAAAAGACAACAAAUUCCUGAAGAAGAAGAAUUUAAUCCUCCAUUAGAUUAUUUUGUUACAGGAAGUUGGUCUGCUAAAGCGGCAGAUGAGGCAAAGAGAUUAUAUAAUAAUGUUAAUAUUGUAAUUGAUGUCAAAAAAUCAAAGGGAAGUUUUGGGUCUAUUCCGCCAAAAGAAGAAUGGAAAUUAAGCGGCUCAAAAGCUGCUUUCGUUUAUUAUUGUGAUAACGAAACUAUUAAUGGAGUUGAAUUUCCAUUUAUUCCCGAUAUUGAUCCAAGUGUCCCUUUGGUAUGUGAUAUGUCUUCAAACAUUUUAAGUAGGAAAUUUGAUGUUAGUAAAUUUGGGGUUAUAUAUGCAGGAGCACAAAAAAAUAUUGGACCCGCUGGAGUAACUGUUGUUAUAGUAAGAAAUGAUUUAUUAACUAACCCAAAAUCCGUUAAUGAUAAAGAUAAUGGAGUUACUGUCAUACCCACAAUGUUAAGUUACAAAGUAUUUGUCGAUAACAAUUCAUUGUAUAAUACUCCCCCAAUGUUUUCUAUUUAUGUCUCUGGACUGGUAUUUGAAUGGUCAUUGCAAUUAGGUGGUGUAGAAGCCAUUGAAGAAAUUAAUAAGGAAAAAUCUAAAAAAAUUUAUGAUUUAAUUGACAAAUCAAAGAUAUAUCGAUCUUUUGUUGAUAAACCGGUUAGAUCAAGGAUGAAUGCUCCCUUCAGAAUCGUUCCAGAAGAGUUGGAAAAAGAAUUUCUGGCUGGCGCUGAAGAGUUGAGAAUGGUUCAAUUGAAAGGCCAUCGUAGUGUUGGUGGAAUCAGAAUUAGUAUGUAUAAUUCUGUCACUUCGGAGGCAAUUGAUUUUUUGAUCAAUUAUAUGAUUGAAUUUGAGAAAAAGCAUGCUAUAUAAUAUUAUAUAAUAUAUAAUCAUGCAUUCG